AUGCAGCCUCCCGCCGAGCACACCGACCCUGCCCCGGUCCCACCUCCCGCUGGCACCCCUUCGCCCUCGCGUCGCCGCAGCAGCAGCCCGGCCGCCUCCUCCGACGACGACAGUGACGGCGACUACGACGACACGUACGGUGCAGCAGCUGGCCCACUCGGCCGCAGGCGUACCCGCCCCGUCUUCUUCCCGCCCCUGUGGCUCGCUCGCCGCUCAGAGUGCGUCCAGCUCCUCGAGGCCGAGAACACUCGCACUGUCGUCGACUUUGGCUGCGGCGCCGGCGCCGUCCUCGCGUUCCUCUCCCUCCCUGCCUACCACCGCGACGAGUGGCCGCCCGCUCUCCCCUCGAUCUCGUCCCGACCCGUCGACCCCGCUCGCGGCGACGACUCGGCCGCCAUCGUCGCGUCGAUCCCUCCUCCGCCACCCCGUCGCCGCGGCCUGCACCUCUCGCGCCUCGUCGGUGUCGAUGGCGACCUCGCGGCGUGCCAGGCGGCGGCCAAGGCGUGUCAGCCUCGUCAAGGACACGACAAGAACGAGCUGCGGUGGGACGACCUGCACCUCGAGGUCUGGCACGGCGGCGUCGAGGUGGUGAACCUGGCGUUCGAGGGCGUCGACGCGUUCGUCAUGACCGAGGUCAUCGAGCACUUGAGCGAGAGCGCCCUCUCGCGCAUCCCGAACCUCCUCUUCUCGGUCUACAAGCCUCGUCUCGUCAUCAUCACUACCCCGAACCACGCCUUCAACCCGUACUUCCCCGCUCCCUCCUCGCUCCACUGGAGCGACCGCCCGACCUGGUCUCGCUCGGCCCUCCCACCUCCCUCGAGCGCCGAGGACCACCCGUCGCACCUUUUCCCCGACCCGACCGGACGCACCAAGCGCGUCUUCCGCGACGAGACGCACACGCUCGAGUGGACGCCCGACGAGUUCCGCUCGUGGUGCGCCGACGCGCUGCGCUCGGCCGGCGCCGAGCGCGACUACGACGUCGAGUACUCGGGCGUCGGCAGCCUCAAGGCGUACUACCGCGGCGUCGAGGGCGGCGUCCCGUUCCCGCCGCCGGCGCUCGCGCUCCACCCGGCGCUCGCCGAGCACCCGCUGUGCACGUCGCCGAUCGACGAGCCCGAGCGCUUCUUCGCGACGCAGAUCGCCGUCUUCCGUCGCCGGGACGGCGCGACGACGUCGGCGGGUGCGGCGGCGCGCGGCGAGGAGCAGCGGCAGGCGCAGCAGGACAAGGAGGAGGAGGAGGAGCGCGUGUCGCGCUCGCUCCACGUCAGCCCGAUCAACACCUACUCGCCGCUCCCGCCUCUCGACUCGCCCCUCGCUACUUCCAAGUCCCCUCACCUCCCUUCGACGUCACCUCGCGCCCCGCACGCCCUCGUCGCCGCCUCGACCCUCCUCGCCCACCCUGCCGCCGCCCUCCCGCCGCCCGCCAACGCCGCCGAGCGCGCCACGUUGCGCGACGCCGUGCGCGCCGCUUUCUGCGCCGCGAGGCGCGGUCCCGUCUUGAGCGUCGAGGAGGUCUGGCGCAUGGGCGACCGGGCGCUGCCCCUCGUCGGCGCCGGGCUUGCCGCGUCGGACGAGGACGAGGACGCCGAGGGGCGCUCGUCCGAGUCGUUGCGUGUCCUCGCUCGCGGCACGAUCGGCGCCGUCGUCGACGCGCUCGUCCACGCCGAGGGCGACGGCGAGCCCGCGAGCGAGUGGGGGCUCGAGCGCCUGAGCGCGACGCACGGCGGUGCGGGUGAGCUCUGCGGCGCCGAGGCGCUCGGCGUCCGGUGGGGGAGGUACGACGAGGUGGUCGAGCGGCUCGAGCGGCGAGAGAGGGAAGAGGCGGACCGGGCGUGGGCCGAGCGUGAGCGCGGGACGUUCCGCGAGGAGGAGGACGACGACGAGGGCGAGGAGGCUCGUCCCGCGAGCGAGGUCGACGCGCUCGAGGAUCGAGUCGCGGCGAUGGAUGUCGGCGGAGAGCAGGGCGAGGCGCAGCAGGCGGGCUGGGGCGCGGCGAGGCCGGUCGACGAGGGUCGCGAGGGCGACUCGGCGGCGGCGCACGAGGGCUGGGGGACGCCGACGCCGGCGCCGGUCACGACGACGACGAGCAGCUGGGGAGACGACCCUUGGUAG